AUGAUGAUGAACAAGGAAGGAUCAGAGAUGCUGACUAAAUUAGGCUCUGCCAUGGCAGGGCUCAUGUUCAUCUGGGCCAUGUUCAAGCAAUACUUCCCCUUCGAACUCCAAAUCCAUUUCGAAAAAUACGUUCAAAAGCUGGUCAGCUUCGUCUACCCUUACAUCGAAAUCACCUUCCAUGAAUAUACUGAGUUCGGCUUUCAGCGGAGCAAGGUCUAUUCCGCCAUUGAAAGGUACCUGAGCUACAAUUCUGCUGACAGGGCCAAGCGGCUCAAGGCCGAGAUGGUCGACGACUCUAAGAAGCUGGUUCUGAGCAUGGCCGAUUAUGAAGAGAUUACAGAUAAUUUUAAUGGAGUGAAGAUGAUCACGGGGACUUACCUCAGCCAUGUGAUGGAGCAAGGGAAGGCCAUUGCGGUGAAGGACAGGCAGAGGAAGCUCUAUACUAACAACAGUAAAAAGAGCGACUUUCUCGACUCUGGCCAUGGAGCCCAAGAAGAAGCAGGAGAUCGUCAAAGAUCUCCUCAAAUCAGCAUGGGAAAAGAGUAUUACGCCAAGAUUGGUAAGCCCUGGAAGAGAGGGUAUCUGCUCUAUGGCCCGCCCGGUACCGGAAAAUCCACCAUGAUCGCGGCCAUGGCUAAUCUUCUCGACUACGACGUUUACGAUCUCGAAUUGACGGCGGUGAAGGACAAUACGGAGCUGAGGAAGCUAAUGAUCGAGACAUCCAGUAAAUCGAUUAUCGUUAUUGAGGAUAUCGACUGCUCGCUCGAUCUCACAGGCCAGAGGAAGAAGCAAGAAAAGGAUAAGAAGAAAGAGGAAGAGGACACAAUUGCAAAGAAGAUGAAGGAAGGGGAUGAUAGCAAGGAGAGCAAGCUGGACCCUGCUCUGAUUCGGAGCGGUCGCAUGGACAAGCACAUAGAAAUGUCCUACUGUUGCUUCGAGGCGUUUAAGGUUCUUGCAAGGAAUUACUUGGACAUUGAAUCUCACGAUUUAUUUGAAACCAUUCGAAGGUUGUUGGAGGAGACAGAGAUGACUCCUGCCGAUGUUGCUGAGAAUUUGAUGCCAAAGUCUGAGGAGGCGGACCCGGAGACUUGUCUGCAGAGUUUAGUAAAAGCGCUGGAAGAAGCGAAGGAACGAGCGAGGCUGAAAGCUGAGGAAGAAGAGAAAGAGAGGUUGAAGGCAGAGGAAGAAGAGAGGAACAAGGCUAAGAAAGAAGAGGAGAAAGAGACAAAGAAGGAAGCGAAGACUGGGGAAGAAGCGAAGGACAAGGAAAUAGUCGUUAACGGGGAGGCCAAAGAAAAUGAGUCCAUCAAGUAA